CCUUUAUGCCCUCCUUUCAUUGAGACAAGUCCCCAACCAAUUCCUUCCUCUCUCUAAAUUCGCCGUCGUUUACUCCGCGAGUUUCUUUUUUUUUGUUUACUUCCAUCCAAAAUUCUAAUUCUUUUUUUUUUUUUUUUACUUUACUUGUUAACCAUAGUCUCCGAGAUGAGUUAAAAUUCUGGUCAGACACAUUUAUGACCGUCGGAUCUACCUCGUGACCCGUGACGUAGAAACACAUCAAUUACUAAUUUUUCUCAAAGAGAAAGACGCAACCUAAAGCCAGUAAUUCGGAUCACCGGCGGCCAAGCCUUGAUUCUUCGAGACGGAGUAUAGAUGUCGGGGCCACUCGAUCGAUUCGCUCGGCCUUGCUUUGAGGGGUUUUAUGGUAGUGAUGAGAGGAGAGAGAGGAAAUCUGAUUUCGAGAACUCAGAGGAUGAAAGGCGCACAAGAAUUGGAUCCUUGAAAAAGAAAGCAAUAAGUGCAUCUGCUAGAUUUAAGCAUUCUCUUAAAAAGAAGAGUAAUAGAAGGAAAAGUGAUGGCCGUGUCAGCUCUGUAUCCAUUGAGGAUGUUCGCAAUGCUGAAGAGCUACGGGCUGUUGAUCAAUUUCGACAAGCAUUAAUCAUGGAAGAACUGCUUCCAGAAAAACACGACGACUAUCACAUGAUGUUGAGGUUUUUGAAAGCAAGAAAGUUUGAUAUCGAUAAAGCUAAGCACAUGUGGGCAGAUAUGCUCCAAUGGAGGAAGGAGUUUGGUGCUGACACCAUCAUGGAGGAUUUUGAGUUCAAGGAGUUGAAUGAGGUCUUAAGGUAUUAUCCUCAUGGUCAUCAUGGUGUCGAUAAGGAGGGAAGACCUGUGUAUAUUGAGAGAUUGGGAAAAGUUGAUCCCAACAAGCUCAUGCAAGUUACGACUAUGGACCGUUAUGUAAAAUACCAUGUCCGAGAGUUUGAGAAGGCCUUCACUAUGAAGUUUCCUGCAUGUACUAUUGCCGCAAAGAGGCAUAUAGAUUCAAGCACAACAAUUUUAGACGUUCAUGGUGUGGGCUUUAAGAAUUUUACUAAGUCUGCACGGGACCUGAUUAUGCGACUGCAAAAGAUUGAUGGUGACAACUACCCUGAGACUCUUUACCAAAUGUUUAUCAUCAAUUCUGGACCUGGUUUUAGGCUGUUGUGGAACACUGUGAAGACAUUUCUAGAUCCCAAAACAACUUCCAAGAUUCAUGUUAUCGGAAAUAAGUACCAAAGCAAACUGCUAGAGAUUAUUGAUGCCAGUGAGUUGCCAGAGUUUCUAGGUGGUAGCUGUACCUGUGCAGAUCAGGGAGGUUGCCUUCGGUCUGAUAAGGGGCCUUGGAAGAAUCCAGAAAUAAUGAAGAUGGUUCUUAAUGGUGUGGCAUUGGGUGCCAGGCAAUUUGUAAAAGUUCUGAAUAGUGAUGGGAAAGUUAUUGCAUAUGUUAAGCCACAAUGUCCAAUGUUGAAAGGUAGUGAUACAUCCACUGCAGAAUCUGGAUCAGAGGCUGAAGAUAUUGCAUCCCCAAAAGCUAUGAAGAGUUAUUCACAACUUCUGCUGACCCCUGUUUGUGAAGAAACUAAGGUAGUUGGAAAAACAAGCUAUGCUGGCAACUUCUCAGGCUAUGAUGAAUUUGUUCCCAUGGUUGAUAAAGCUGUUGAUUCUAGUUGGAAGAAACAAACCUCCCUCUUGAGGCCUUCUGCUUCCAAAGGUACAUUAGCAGCUCCUGAAACUCCCAAGGCCCAGGAAGGAAUUCGAGCUUGGAUUUUGCUGAUGCUCAUGGCUUUUUUCAUGACACUUUAUACUCUCUUCCACUCAGUGGCACUGAAUAUAACCAGAAAGCUACCUAACUCAGUUUCUGGUCAUUGUCAAAAUGUUACUGAACCUACACCUAAUGCAACUCAAAAGGAAGAAUGUCGCGCCCCUUCUCCAACAGCUCUUCAUACUCAGGCAGAUCUUCUAUCUUCUGUUAUUGAGAGGUUGGGUGAGCUUGAAGAGAAAGUUGGUACACUACAAGCGAAGCCAUCUAAGAUGCCUUAUGAGAAAGAGGAGUUGUUGAAUUCUGCUGUAUGUCGUGUUGAAGCUCUAGAGGCAGAGCUCAUUGCUGCCAAGAAGGCUCUUCACGAAGCUUUGAUGAGGCAAGAGGAGCUGUUUGCAUCCCUAGACAGUCGAGAGCAAGCCAAAUUAAGGAAAAAGAAGUUUUGCUGGUGAUAUGUUCUGCUGAUGAAGGGACUAAAAACAAAACCGCUUACCGUUUUAUGGAGCGCCCUAUGUUGAUCCACGAGCAAUGUAAUUACCUAUCCGCUCAGAAUCGAAUAUAAAUCCUACUAAUGAAACCGUCAAUUCUCUCAGGCUCGUCUCAUUUCCUUCCUUCCAUGUAAUGUUUGAAAUUGCUGUACUUCAAAAGUAAAAGGGGAUUCAUAUAUAUUUUCGCUUUCGGAA